AUGGCAUCGAUCAGUGCUAUUCAUAACACACUGGCCAUUAACCUACGAGCACACACCCAUCUCUUCCUCGCCUCGCUCCCAUCUACAUCUACUUCACAACAUCAGAAUGAGGUCGAGGUUGCGCUUGCAAAGGGAAACCAGGAAUUCAUCGGCUUACUUGCCGAAUGGCUAGCAGUUCAAGAGCUGACUGUACUUGUUGCGCGGGCGUUCCAGCCGUUGCUGGUCGAGAUAUGUGGGCGAUGGCUGGACGAUGGAAGGAUCGGGGACGUGUCUGAAGGAUCGGAGGGAACUCGUACUGUGGAUAGAAUAGUCGCAAUCUGUGCGCUUGUGGAGGUGUACAACGAACUAUUCCCGAUUCUACAUGAAUACCUUCUCAUUAAUUUCCCCCAUGGUCCGAUUUCCCUGCCUAGAAACGCACGCAGCAGCCUCCAUGCUCUCCUGAUCGCCUACUACCGGAUUUUACAAACCAAUCGAGAAUUGCCGAGCCAUCUUGCCUGGCCGACGGAGCCGCUGUCUACCCUCAUCUACGACGCGCAGCACGACAAUACGACGCGACUCUUGGCUUUAAGAUGUCUUGCGUUGCAGAAUGGGAUGAGCGAGGGGGAGCGGGAGGAGUUGCAGACACAGCUAUUCCCAUGGGACGUGGAUUGUCCUCUGUUGUGGGAAGGAAAGGAAGUUGACGGGUGGCUCAUGCCUGUGUUCGAGGCCCAGCGCCUCUACGAGUUGCGGAAAUGGGAUGCAACAGAGUUCGACCAUGAUCACGAGGAGAUUCCGCUCAGCCCCCGCAUAACUAAUGUAUCUGGCAUAUUACUGUUGCGACCCAAUUCCAUGCCUUCGCCGCCGUCUGCACUGGUCCCGACAGCCACUACAUCCACGGUCCUACGGUCGCUGGCGCUGAAUAUCAGACACCGCCAGCCCACACUAUUGACAUCUCCACCUUCGUCUGGCAAAUCUUUGCUGCUGACCCAUCUGUCCUUGCUGCUUCACACGACGCUGAUACCUAUCCAUCUCUCCGACACGUCUUUGGACGCGCGGUCGCUGCUGGGGUCGUACAUGUCAUCGCCGACGCAGCCGGGGACAUUCGAAUGGCGCGAUGGCGCGCUGGUCCGUGCCAUGCGACAAGGGAAAUGGAUCGUUCUCGAGGACAUCGACCGGGCGACAUCCGAAGUGCUGGGUGUGCUCAAGCCCCUCGUCGAGUCUCUCGGCACGAGCAAAUGGAUCGGCCAGCGGGCGUCGGUGGUCGUGCCAGGCCGUGAACGAGUUCUUGCCGCGGACGGGUUCGCGCUGUUUGCGACACGUUCCGGAUCCGGGCCGGCGACCUUUUUUGGCGCGCACAAGUUUGCAGAGGUCAUGCUCCCGGCGCCGAGUAUCGCCGAGCUUGAGACAAUCGUCGCUGUGCGAUUCCCACGGCUUGCAGGUGGGGUAGCGCGAGCGGUGGUGAGCAUGUGGGAUGCGGUCCGGCUGCUGGGCAGCGUUACGUCGACGCGAGAUGUCGGCGUGCGAGAGCUCGAGAAGUUCUGCGAGCGCGUGACAAGGCUGAUCCCCGCGAAUACAGAUCUGCUCUCGGGCCUCAACCCCACGCUGCGGGAAGACAUCUUCCUCGAAGCCCGUGAUGUGUUCUUCGGCUCCGGCGCGCCGAACGCAUCAGCCAAAGUGCACCUCGACGCCAUUGCGUCAGUCAUCGCGCAUCACCUCGGGCUCGAUGCGGAGCGCGCCGCGUGGGUUCUUACUGGUCGCACACCCGAGUUCGAGGUGCAGAAAGACGUAGAUGGACGUGUUAUCGGCGUCGUCGCCGGCCGGGUACAACUGCAUGCCAAGUUGAAUGGCAAGCCUAUUGCUACUCGGCCGUUCGCAAUGCACCGGCCGGCGAUCAGUCUCCUCACACGCAUUGCCACGAGUGUCUCGCUGUCUGAGCCGUUGCUGCUCACUGGAGAAACGGGAACGGGAAAAACGAGCGUGAUUACACACCUGGCAGCGCUGUUGCGUCGGCCGCUUAUCUCGCUGAAUCUGUCGCACCAGACAGAGGCGGCUGACCUGAUCGGAGGCUUCAAACCCAUCGAUGCGCGGAUCCCAGGUGCAGUGCUACAGGAGCGAUGGGCGGAGCUGUUCGGGGGGACAUUCAGCCGCCGGCGAAACGAGAUGUUUGAGGGUGAGGUGCGGAGAGCUGUGACGGAAGGAAGGUGGAAGAGGGCUGUUGGACUGUGGAGGGAGAGUGCCAGGAUGGCAAGAGAACGGAUUCGGGCCCAGGUCUCUGAAGAUCCAGACAAGCCCAGGAAGCGUCGCAAAGUGGACAACGCCAGCUGGGCCGCGUUCGAAAACGACGUCGGCGAGUUUGAAGUGCAACAUGUGUUGGCUAAGGGCAAGUUUGCAUUUGGUUUUGUGGAGGGUCCUCUAGUGAAGGCUUUGGGAGCGGGUGAUUGGGUGCUACUCGACGAAAUCAAUCUGGCUAGCGCAGAAACCUUGGAAUGUAUCGCCACCCUCAUCCAGUCGCCGACCUCCUCGAUUACUCUGACAGAACAAGGCGCACUGGAGCCUGUCCCCCGACACCCCGACUUUCGCUUGUUUGCAUGCAUGAACCCAGCGACCGAUGUCGGCAAGAAGGACCUGCCACCGAACAUCCGCGCGCGAUUUACCGAACUGGAUGUCCCGUCGCCUGACGCCGAUCGCGAGACGCUACUGAGCAUUGUGGAGCAGUACAUCGGGGACAAGGCCGUCGCCGACAAGGCCGCGGUGAUGCACGUGGCUGAGUUCUAUGCGGCGGUCAAGUCGCUCGCAGAGACGCGCCAGAUCGCAGACGGGGCGAACCACCGACCGCACUACAGCAUGCGAACACUCGCUCGGGCGCUUGGGUUUGCCGCGGAGAUCGCUUCCCGAUACGGAUUGAGACGGGCGCUCUGGGAAGGCUGCCUGAUGGCUUUCACCAUGGUGCUCGAUGCGGAGAGUGCGAGUCAAGUCGUGACCGGCCUCGCAGUCAAGUAUCUGCUGGCGGGGGUGCGCAAUCCACGCUCCCUCCUUGCGAUGGAACCGCAAUCGCCUGCGCCCGCGGAGCAGUUCGUCAAGUUUGGCCCGUUCUACCUGGAGCGCGGACCGUUCGAAAUCGAUCUCGCGGAGGACUACAUCACCACGCCGUCCGUUGAGAAGAAACUGAUCGAUCUCGCGCGGAUCAUCCUCACGCGCCGCUUUCCCGUGUUGAUCGAGGGACCGACGUCGGCGGGCAAAACGAGUUCCAUCGAGUUCCUCGCGCGGCGGACAGGGCAUCGUUUCGUCCGCAUCAACAAUCACGAGCAUACAGACAUCCAGGAGUACCUCGGCUCGUAUGUAUCUGAUCCAGCGACCGGCAAGCUGCAGUUCCAGGACGGCUUGCUAGUUCGAGCGCUUCGAAACGGCGACUGGAUCGUGCUGGACGAGCUGAACCUGGCGCCAACCGAUGUGCUAGAAGCACUCAACCGUUUGCUGGACGAUAAUCGGGAGCUGGUUGUGCCGGAGACGGGGGAAGUCGUGAAGCCACACCCACACUUCAUGCUGUUCGCAACACAGAAUCCGCCGGGUCUGUACGCCGGCCGCAAAGUGCUCUCUCGGGCGUUCCGGAAUCGGUUCUUGGAGGUCCAUUUCUCGGAUGUGCCGCAAGGGGAAUUGGAAACGAUCCUGACCGCCAGGAGCCGCAUCGCGCCGUCCUACGCGCGGAAGAUCGUGGCUGUGUUUCGAGAGCUGCAGGCGCGGCGACAGGCAGGUCGGGUGUUUGAGACCAAGGCAGGAUUUGCGACGUUGCGUGAUCUGUUCCGGUGGGCGGGCCGGGACGCCAUUGGCUACGACCAGCUGGCGGAGAACGGGUACAUGUUGUUGGCGGAACGGGCGAGGAGGGAGGACGAUCGGAGGGUCGUGCGAGAGGUGAUCGAGAGUGUGAUGGGGGUCAAGAUUGACGAGGAGCGGAUGUAUGCGCAUAGGGAUGCGGAGUACUUGGGCGUCGGGGUACCCGAUGACCUGGGUGGGGUGAUAUGGACUCGCGCAAUGCAGCGACUGUUUGUCCUCGUUUCUCGCGCGUUGCGGUUCAACGAACCGGUGCUGCUUGUUGGGGAGACGGGUGCUGGCAAGACGAGCGUCGCGCAGAUCUUUGCUCAGGCGUGUGGCCGGCAACUUGUCGGGGUCAACUGCCACCAAGGCACCGAGACGGCCGACCUCAUCGGUGGACAGCGGCCGGUGAGAAACCGCGCCGGACGCGAGGCCGAAGCCAUCAAGAUUGGCGUGGAAGCCUUGGCUGCCAUUGGCGUAGUGUUGCCGGCAGACAGCGACUUGGACACCGUGCUUGCCAAACUACCCGCGACUAGCGACGCACGACGCGCUUGUAUGGGCGCUCGUGCAAUCUUCGAAUGGUACGACGGUCCGCUGGUCAAUGCAAUGAAGACUGGGGACGUGUUUCUCCUGGAUGAGAUCUCGCUCGCGGACGACUCGGUGCUCGAACGACUGAACUCCGUGCUCGAGACGGGGCGCACGAUUGUCCUUGCCGAACGCGGUGGCGACGCUGGUGACGGUGAUGGGCUGAGCGUCACUGCGGAUCCCGCUUUCAAACUCAUUGCGACGAUGAAUCCCGGCGGCGACUACGGCAAGAAGGAGCUCUCACCCGCACUCAGAAAUCGUUUCACAGAAAUCUGGGUCCCAGCUGUCGAUCAGCGCGUCGAUCUGGAGAUGAUCGUCGACAGAGGUUGGAAAGCAGAUGAGUUGAGGGCUUGGACUGCCCCGCUGCUGGAUUGGGGAGAGUGGUUUGGUCAGAAAGUGGGUGGCCAGGGUGUCGUUAGUCUGCGGGAUAUUCUGGGUUGGGUGACCUUCUCAAACUCCGUAUACGGUCAAAUGUCUUGUGUAGAGAUCUUCCACCACGCCGCGCAUAUGACCUUCCUUGACGGUCUUGGCUCAUUCCCCCAGCUCUCAUCUUACUCGCGAGGCGCGCUGCAACAGCUGAGGGCAGAUGCAGAGACGCAUCUCCACAUGAUCGCCCCGCUAUCUUCUUCCAUCGCAUCACAACGAUCACACACAGAUCUGUCCUCAGUAUGGCUCGGUUCGUUUGCCGUUCCUCGCGGACCAGUCGAGAUCGUCGCCGCAAGCUUCAAUCUCAGCGCCCCGACUGCGUUGUCCAACGCACAGAGAGUUGUCAGGGCGUGUCAGCUGCCCAAACCUAUCCUCCUCGAAGGCAGCCCUGGCGUCGGGAAAACCAGCCUGAUCACGGCGCUCGCUACACUGACCGGCCACAAACUGUGCCGCAUCAAUCUCUCGGACCAGACGGAUCUCAUCGAUCUGUUCGGCUCGGAUCUUCCCGUGGAUGGGGGCUUCGCAUGGAAGGACGGAGAGUUUCUGCGUGCAUUGAAAGAGGGCUGGUGGGUAUUACUGGAUGAGAUGAAUCUCGCGCCACAGGCUGUGCUGGAGGGCUUGAACGCUGUUUUGGAUCACCGAGGGAGUGUGUACAUCCCCGAGCUGGGACGAACGUUUGAGAAGCACCCGAGUUUCCGGAUCUUCGGCGCCCAGAAUCCACUUAGCCAGGGUGGUGGACGGAAAGGUCUGCCCAAGUCGUUCGUCAACCGGUUCACGAAGGUCUACGUCGAAGAAUUGAGCGCUGCGGAUCUCCUCCUCGUCUGUCAGGGCUUGUUUCCUGCCUUGGGCGGAUCUGUUUUGGAGAAGAUGAUCAGGUUCAACACGGCAUUGAACGAAGAGGUGUCGGUGAAAAGGAGCUUUGGCAGAGCCGGCAGUCCCUGGGAAUUCAAUCUGCGCGAUGUGUUGCGGUGGGCUACACUUGUGUCUGCUUCAAUCCAAGGCAGACCACAGGACCUCUUGAGGAACGUGUACCUGGACCGUUUCCGGGACGUGGAGGACCGCAGAAAAGCAGCAGCGCUCUUCGAGUCUGUCUUCCUCGAAGAAGCAACGACUGCCGCGCCCAAGUGGGCCGUCACACCCACUUAUGUGCAGAUCGGCAACUUCCAAACGUCGCGUCACGCGGGAUCUACAGCACUGUCCCGCCCUCCGCGAAUUCUGCCCAGCCACCUGCCCGCGCUCGAAUCACUAGGUCUUUGUGUGUCGCAGAACUGGCUCGCGAUUCUGACCGGGCCGAAGAACGCCGGCAAGUCAUCGGUGGUGCGCCUUCUGGCCGAUCUGUGUGGUGCGCCGUUGCAGACUGUAGCGCUGCACAGCGCCACUGACACCGGUGACCUCCUGGGAUCGUUCGAGCAGCUCUCCGGGGACGGGUUUGCGUGGAUUGCAGGGCCGCUGGUAGAGGCGAUGGAGCGUGGGACAUGGCUUCUCCUCGACGACGCGAAUCAGUGCCCGCCGUCCGUCCUGGACCGGCUCAACUCGCUCUGCGAACCAGGCGGCGUGCUCACCCUGAGCGAACGUGGGUUCGUCGAUGGCGCUGUGCCCGUAAUCCGCCCCCAUCCGGGCUUCCGACUGUUCAUGGCGCUUGAUCCCGCGAACGGCGAGCUGUCGAGGGCCAUGCGGAACCGAGGUGUGGAGGUUGCGCUGGGUCCACUGCUCUUGGCGCACGCGACAGGCAGAGAGAUCGACCAUGAUUCCGCUGGGUCCGCUGUGCUCGAUCUUACCGGGGUGCGAUCCCCCAUCAGUGUCCCCGCCCAACAGCAUCUCGUUGCGCAUGCUGUGGCGGCAGUCUAUGCUCGGUACUUUCAGCGGCUCAUGCAGACCAUUCCCGAGCUGCGUGUGGCGGGGAGGAUGAGGGAGGCCCGUUGGACAGCCUAUGCCUCGAGAUGGGGUGUCCCGGUCGAAUUCGUCGCUGCUCAGCCCACCGUUUUCUACCUGACUUCUCUGGACGAAUCAACACUUGUGUUUCUGCGCGCGAUCGACCUGGACAUAGCCAGUGCUCUGUUUGUUCAAACCUCUGCGCAGCCCAACUAUCAGAUAUCCCUCAAAUCAACAUCCAAAACGGAAUUCUCGGUAGUGAUGCGUGCAAUCGAAGCUGUGAUCUCCGCAGUGCUGGGUUUAUUUGCGGACGGUGCAGAUCUUGCCGCUGUCUCGAAGACACAGAUAGAACGUAUCCUCUCAGUGCUGCGGUUCGUCAGCUCGCUCCAGUCCCAGUCCCGAUCGCACACUGUCCAGAACAAGUACUUCGACUAUUCUGCGGUGCAGGUCGUGUCGGGGUGGCUCGUUGAUGUGCUUUCCGAGAACGGCGAGGAAGAUGACGGGCUGCUGUUGGUGCGCACGCACGCCCACGCUCUGCGGAGUGCGGUGGCGCUCUCAACUGGGUUGGGGAUCAGCCAAAUUUGGAGCCGAUUCCAGGCCAUCCGCAAGCAAGCAUUCGACCUACUGUGUCUCGCAGACCUACGUGCAACAUCUGAGGAGCAGGACGAAUUUGGCCGACUGGUCGCGGAUCUGGCACUGAGAUGCAAAGCGGUGGCUGUCCCACUUGACACUACGUCCAUGGAAGUCUCUGAAAACGAGCAACGGGACGAGGAGAAGAGACACGCGACGACCAUAAUCGCACAAUUGGGGAUUCUCGCUAGCAUUACUAUGAGAGAGAUUUCUUCAACGGCAAGUGCCUGCGGUUCGCCUAUCUUACGUGAACUGAUCGUAUUGCAGACCCUGGCCGGCCGGAUUGAGCGGCUCAUUGGUGUCGAGCUCGCCCGCGGAAUCGAGAACUGGGCGGGGAGAAUGAAGCGGCUGGUCGGGUAUCGACAUACCCUGUGGACUGCACAAGCUCAACAGGACAUGUUACCUGUGAUACUCAAAAUGCAGCUCAAUUGGUUGGAGGAUGUGUGGCUGGCUGGAGACUCGGAGAUGGAUUUGCACGGGCCAGAUAUGCUGUUUCGUCCAACGCAAUUACGCGCAACACUUGCUGCUUGCGACCUUCGCCAAGGCACUCUCGAUACCUAUGCGACAUUCCAGCAAGCACUGAGCACGCAGAUUGGGCUGGCGCUUAUACAAGCCGAAGCUAGCGGUGAUCCACCGAGAACAGAUCAGCUGGGACGGGUCUUGGUGCAGUCGAUUAGUUUGCUCACGGCGUGCUUCGGUUUCCACCUCGAGGGGACUGUGGUCAACACGCUGGAGCAGCAAUGCUCCUCACUCCCACUGGCAUUCAAGUCGUAUCUUCUCCCCGCCGUCCAGAAUCUCCAUUCAUCCUCGUCGCCUGACCAUCGCACUCUUGGCCUGACAUUCAUCGCACUGUCACGCACCUUGCUCGAUCUGUUCGUUCCCUCGACCCCGAUCGACCCGGCUGCUAUCGAACGGUUCGGAGACCAAUUCCGGGCCGAACAACGGGCCGUGCUGGUCGAGCAGAGACAGAGCAUGGCCGAGUUCGGGUCCCGGUUAUAUGGCACAACUGAUGGCAACGCUGUGGUCGAGGAUCUGGAUGCGCAGAUUGGCAAGUUGAGUGACCUCGCCGUAUCAGAAAGCGGAAGAGCUCCGGGACGCGACGACGUGUCGCGGCUGCAUAUGUUUUGGUCUGAAGUCGCCCAGUUUCAAGCACACGUGAUCGCGCCAUCCAAGAUCACUGGCCUGCUCGAAUCGGACGUCAACCUGGCCCACCGGGCGCAGACUCUGCAGCGCUCGAUUGCGGGCUUCACUCAGCGUCUGGAGAGCGCGUAUCCCGAGUUCGUCGAUCUCUGGCUCCCUGUAAAACUUGGUGUCGCGUAUCUCCGGCUGGGUGUGGCGCUCUGCUGUGUCUCCCACACAGCCAAAAUACCUGCACUCGAGCCCCUCGUGACGUUCCCUGCUUUGGACUCGGCCGCCCGCGUUCUGGCCGCCAACCAAGGCGGGAUCGACGGGAUAUUGAUGCGUCUCGCAGCAUUGGCCGAGACCAGUGGCAGUGACGACCGCUUCGAGCAGAUCCAGAUGGCCUACCACCAGGCAAGCGCGCUGUGGCGCAUUGACCGAGCACGUGAGAGCGACGCUGCUGCACGUGCAGGAUCGUUGUACCGUGGAGGAUAUGAAGACGAAGGAGACGUCGAACGCGAGGAGCGCGAGUUUUUGGAGAUGUUCCCAACGUUUUCAGACCCUCUCUCUGAAGACACGAAGGAGACGACUGCGAUUCCGACUGCGACUGCGACUGCGACUUCGGCAAAACCGGUCGUAGGUCCAGAAGAAAUGGAGAGGCUUGUAGCCUUGCAUCAUUCGCUCUUUGGUGAUGGGUCUGCUUCGGGACUCUUCCAAACGAUGCAGCGAGCAACAGUGCACCGAGCAGUGAAUGCUGAUUUUGCCAAUCUGUCCGACCAACUGGAUGGGACCAGUCUUGUCAUGCAGAUGACCCUAUUAGAUGACGCCUCUUCAUCUUCAUCGCCAGGCGAAGAUUACAACUUCUACAAGUCUCCCAAUCCCUCCGAAGCCCGUAAAUCCGCCCAGGUCGUCUCUUCUCUUCGUACGCGACUCGCCACACUGAUCGGUGAAUGGCCGGAUCAGAUGGUGCUACAGCACUUGCAUACCCGGUGCACGGCAGUCCUGGCGCUGCCGCUCUCAUCUCCCCUCGCGCACAUUUUAUCUGCGCUCGAGCAGCUACUGCUUGAAACCGCCGAUUGGGAGAUCUACGCCAAUCGGGAGAACACCCUCAAGGCUCAUCAGGCGGAGUUCACCGGACUCAUCGUCGAGUGGCGCCGACUUGAGCUGGGGUGUUGGCGCGUGCUGCUGGACGUCCAAGCCAAAGAAUUCGGAGCAGGUGGCGUGAGAGAAUGGUGGUUCCGUCUCUUCGAGGCCGUGGGCCAGUCCGAUGGUGAUGUGGAGACUCUGGUCCCUUUACUGGACGAGUUCAUCCGCACGAGUCCAGUGGGGCAGUUCGAGGCCCGGAUGGAGCUAUUACGGACAUUUGCAGUGUUCACGGCCGCUUCCCCCUCAUCGUCGACGCGCAUCUCGCGUAUCUUGGCUACGACACACGCGCAUUUCAGCCUCUUUGCACCCCGCGUCGCGGCGGCUCUGGCCGGAGAGCGGGCAAAGCUGGAGGCCGACCUCCGUGGGUACGUCAAGCUUGCGAGCUGGAAGGAUGUGAAUGUGCACGCGCUCAAGGCCAGCGCGCAACGCACGCACCACGCGCUUUACAAGCUCGUCCGCCGCUUCCGUGACGUCCUGCGCGGACCGGUGGCUGCAAUGCUGGGUGUCAAGGGCGCACUGGGGGAUUUGAGCAAGGAUGAAGAAGGGGGUAAGGAUGACAUCAUGGAGGAGAGCGAAGCGAACGAAGAAGCCCCACCGACUUUCCCUGUCCUCGACACAUCAAACCAAACACCGGGACACCUUAGGAACCUCGCGCCGACCUUCAGCAAAUUCCGCACUCUGCUCCAGACGCGUGUGGCGCCUGCGAUCUCGGCGCACUCGGCCGCCCUCGCGGACGGGCUGGCAGUGGACAUCAUCCGCACCGCGCAGCAUCUGUCGUCGAUCGCCCUGCCACAGGACAAGGAGAAACGCAUCAAGGCAAGCAAGGGGCUGACGACGCGCAAGCGCAAAGCAUACGCGGAUCUGCUGCGGGAGCUGCGCCGCGCGGGCUUUGGCGUCGUGCGCGCGGAUGUCCUGGACCGGAUCCGCUCGGGCGCGUGGGUACGCGAGCAGUCGGGGGUGGCGUCCGAUGAGCGUAUGGAGAAGUACUUCUCCCGUCUGCUUGCAGCUUUGCCGGCGCUGCGCGCGUCGGUAGCGGGGCAUCACCCUGAUUUGGUCACGCGCGAUCUGCAGCGGGGAGUGACGUUUGUAGAGUCGGUCUUUGCGAUGGGCAUGGAUGCGAGGACGAGACUUGCGGACGCUGUGUCCCAACAAUCUCGUCUCUCGCGACUUGUCGAGCGGCUGGCGCAUAUAUCGACGUCUGCAACUAACUCAUCGGAUCCAAUCGUCGUUGCCACCGGUCCGUCGGUGCUUGCGCAUGCGCGUGAGGUUUACCGUGUCACGGUCCGCCUCCGCGCGACUCUGUGCGAAAUCAUUGAAGCUGUUCGUGUCUUUGAAUCGCUGCUCCGCCAGCAGUCGGAUACGACGAACAAGAGCGUCCCGGCGGCAUUGUCACAGGAAAUGCAGAGCGCGCGGCGCGAGACAGAGAGAAUUGGAAGCGAGGUGAAAAAGGUUGUCGAAGGCGUUGAGAUGGGAGGCUUUGUGUUAUUGAGAGACGAACACGCUGUUAUCCAAUUGGCCCUUGCGCACCUAGCCAGUACACACGAGUCUCUCGCACGAUGGGCCGCACUGGAUACCCGGCUAGGCUAUAUCUUUGGCCCGGCCGGCCGAUGGGUCCACGCGCAGAUUGUCGCCGUUUCAACGCUAGCGCUAGCCGCAGAUGAUCCCAAUGCAGCUGAUAACACUGACGGCGUCAUUGAACUCCUUCUCGUUCACGUCCAGUCGCUGUUGGAAGCUUGCCCUGAGCCGGAGCCGCCAAAGGCCGAUGACGAGACGGAGGAGAAGGAACGAUACAUCGAGACGGACUACCAUCACACGCGCAAAGUGACGCAGCUUCUCAAGCUGGACCAGACCGCGGACGCUGUCGAGCGCGUCUUCAAUGCGCUGACAGGCAGCCAAGCCCAGACCCGGCUCGCCCGCCUGGUCCCCUUCCUCCACGCGUAUCUCAACUUCGUCGCGCGCCAGAUCUCGGCACACGCGUCCUGGACGAAGACGCUGUUCAAGCUCGACUGGGUGCUCGUGUCGGUCUUGCAGACGCUCGCGACGGACGGCUUCUGCCGGCCGCCGGAGGCCGACGAGGACGGGGACGGGGACGGAGGCAAGGGCAAGGAGAUGGAGGCGGAUGGCACGGGCUUGGGAUCUGGGGCGGGGCGGGAGAACGUCAGCAAGGAGAUUGAGGACGAGAGCCAGGUUGAGGGGCUGCAGGGUGAGGACGAGCAGCAGCCCGACGACCAGCAACAGCGCGAAGACGGGGACAACGAUGCGAUCGAGAUGAACGACGAUUUUGGGGGCGCGCUCGAAGACGUGCCUUCGGAUGGGGAGGAGGACAAGGACGGCGAGGAAGACGACAAAGCCGGAGAGGAGGAAGACGGCCCAGAGGAGCAGAUGGGCGAGUUGGACGCGUCAGAUCCUGGCAAAGUCGACGAAAAGCUGUGGGGCGACGACAAGGGCCCAGAGAACAGCGGAGAGGACGACAACGUUGGAAAAGAGCUUGAUGGGGAGUCAAACGAACAGGAGGAAAGCGAAGUUGUCGCCAAGGAGGGGAAGCAGGAGUCGAAGGAGAAGGAGAAGGAGAAGAAACAGAAAGAAGAUGGGAAACAGAGCGAGCAGAAUGGCGCAGAAGAACCCCAGCCGGAUGACGAGCAAAUACCCGAAGCGACCGUCGGCGAAGAUGAGCAACAAGACCCCCCGGCCGACCAACACGGCGCGCCGAUGGAUGAGCAUGUGCCGGACGGUGACAUGCUCGACAUACCGGACAAUCUGGAUUUAGGAGACGAGGACAUGGGCGGGGAGCAGGAACCAGGGGAAGAAGAGGAUGGAGAUGGAGAUGGAAUGGACGUGGAUGAGUCAGGGAUGGACAAUGUAGAACAAAACGAGGCUGAUGCUCAAGACCAGCCGAUGGAGAUGGAUAAUGACGCGCCUCUAAACCCAGAAGACACGCCGGACCCGGACGAAGACGAGGACGCCGACGCGUCGAAGAUGCAGGACCCCUCCUCUGGGCUGACAGACGAGCCAGAGCCAGAGCCAGAGCCAGAAGCCGACUCGGAUGAGCAGGUAACCGCGAAACCAGACGUCACGGCAGGGGGUGAUCCCCAGCAGCAGGAAGACGGUGAAAAUCCGCAGGACGAUAGGCCUGACACUGCUGCGGGCGACAAAUCUGCCUCCGGCGACAAGGGCGCGUCAGUCUCGAGCCGUGUUGGGCAGGACGCAGGUGACAAUGUCGAGAAAGAUGAUUCACAAGGGGAGCAAAGCGACGCCAAUGCGCCUCUUCCAGUUGACUCGCAAGCUCCAGGUCUGUCCAGUGACGGCCAGCAGGAUGGGGCGGACGAAUCCGCCGGUGCCGAGAUGCGCAAUGAGGCGGGCAAUCCGUUGCGCAGUUUGGGCGAUGCGUUGAAGGAGAUUCGGCGGCGGUUCGAUGAGAUCCUGGAGUCGUCGGAUCCCCAACAGCAGCAACAGAUGACAUCCGAAGAGUCGCCGGAGAAAGUCGAGUACCUCCGACCCGAAGAUGCCGGUGACACCGACAUGCAGGCGCUGGGCCCCGCAGGCGACGAGCAAGUUGCGAAGCUGGAUGAUUUGGCGAUGAUGGUGGAUUCAGAGCAGCCGGACCAGCAGCGUUUUGUACCGAUGGAAGUUGAUGCAAGUGAUGAUUUGCCGGCGACAAAGCGGGCCGAGGAGCUGGAGGCGCUGCACCAGCAGCCUGAACACGGGGAUGACGGCGACGACGCAAUGGCACUCGACGCUCAGGGACGCCGUGCUCCCGACUCCAACCACGAGACAACCGCCGAGGUGGACAUGCCUGACCCCACGAUCGAGCUUCUCACGCAGCACCUGGCUGGUCCCGCUGACUCUGAAUCUGCGACUCAGCUGUGGCAGUCGUACGAAUCGCUGACGCAUGACUUGGCGUAUGGGCUGUGUGAGCAGCUGCGGCUGAUCCUGGAGCCCACCCUCGCGACGCGGCUCAAGGGCGACUUCCGGACCGGCAAGCGGCUGAACAUGAAGAAAGUCGUGGCGUACAUCGCAAGCGACUACACCAAAGAUAAGAUCUGGCUGCGACGCACCCGGCCGAGCCAGCGGGAGUACCAAGUGUUGAUCGCGCUGGACGACUCGAAGAGCAUGGCCGACUCGCGCUCGGUCCACCUCGCGUUCCAGGCGCUGGCGCUCGUGACCAAGGCUCUCUCGCGGCUGGAGGUCGGGCAGGUCGCCGUCGCCCGGUUCGGCGAGCGCGUCGAGAUGCUGCACGACUUCGGGGACGCCGCGGGCGUCUCGGGGGCGCGACUUAUGGACGCGUUCCGGUUCGACCAGAAGGCGACGGACGUGCUGGCGCUGCUGGGCACUAGUCUGGGUGUGCUCGAACGCGCGAGAGAGGCAUCGGCGAAAGACCUGUGGCAGCUCGAAAUUAUCAUCUCCGACGGAAUGUGCCAGGACCACGACAAACUGCGGACCGUCCUCAGGAGAGCCGAAGAGCAGCGAGUCAUGAUCGUCUUUGUCAUCGUCGACAGCAACUCGAUCUUGACCAUGAAUAAGGCCGAGUACAAGCCCACUGCGGAUGGCAGAAUGGAACUCCAGCUCGAGCGCUACCUCGAAUCUUUCCCGUUCGAGUAUUACGUCGUCCUGCGCGACGUCGAGGCGUUGCCGGAUGUCUUGGCUGGUACACUGAGGCAGUUUUUCGAGAGGAUCUCUGAAGAGUAGGCAUAUGUUGUAGGCAUAUGUUGUAGAUUUUGGAAGUCCUGUAUGUUGUUCAAUCAAUU